GAGCGCUGUGAUUGGGCCACUUUAAACAAGCGGAAGCUUAAUUUGAGGAAAACAAUCAGACACUGUCGCACGUGGCUAACGGAACUCGAAAAUGUAAAAAGGCGACUGAAGAUCGAUCCCUUCACUUGCCAAACAUUCCUUUCCAGUUCAUUUCACAAUGUCAAGUGUGCUCUUUGUCUGCCGCCAUAACUCCUGCCGCUCGCAAAUGGCCGAGGGAUUCGGACGGCAUUUGUACGGAACUGAAUCUGGAAACGCUUUUUUCAGCCGCGUAGAGAGUGCUGCACUGGAAGGACAAAGCCGACUUAAUCCAGAUGCUAUCAAAACCAUGAAAAAUCUUCACAUAGACAUUACUACUCAGUCAUCUAAAAUGAUAGACACUUUUUCCGCCGAUGACUUCUCCAUCAUCAUCUCCAUGUGUGGUUGUGGAGCUACGGUGCCUGAAAGUUGGAAGCAGGGCAAACGAUUUGAAGAUUGGAACGUUGUGGAUCCCACAGGCGGUAGUGAACAUGACUUUGAAGUAGCAAGAAACGAAAUUCAAGAAAGAGUCAACGAAUUGGUAGCCUCUAUAAAAGAAGACCGUGCGCCAACCUAUACUCUAUACUAUGGCGAUGUCUGUGCCAUGCCAAACAAAUGAUGUGGGGCCGUGUGUUUUCCAUAAUAUAUUUUUAUAAAUCAAAAAUGAUGAAUCUAGGGACUGACUUUGU